GUCCAAGAUUCUGUGCCUAUGUGAGAACCCCCUUCCCUUAACCCUAAAGUCCUUCCAUUUGCUUUAUAAGGACAUGCUUGAGCACAACCUUAACUGUGAGAAUUGGUCAUAUAAAAUAGGUCAUAGAUAAGGUCUGCAGCACACAAUUUAUACAGUUUUCUCUUUUUCUUAGUUUCUGCAUACCAAGGAUCAGGUUUCUGUAUUGCAUAAUAUAACAUAAAGUUUCAAAAUUCAGCCUAAGGAUACUAAACAAGCAAAAAUGUAUCAUCAUCAACAUUAUCACGCAAACAAUAUGCAGCCUACCUCAAGAAUGUCCAUUACUCCGGAAAGGCAUCUGUUCCUGCAAGGUGGGCAUGCUGCAGGAGAUUCGGGACUUGUCCUUUCAACAGAUGCAAAGCCCAGACUGAAGUGGACCCCAGACCUUCAUGAGAGAUUCAUCGAGGCAGUCAAUCAGCUUGGUGGAGCAGACAAGGCUACACCAAAAUCAGUUUUAAAACUAAUGGGGAUUCAGGGACUUACAUUGUACCAUCUUAAGAGUCACCUUCAGAAGUACAGGCUCAGCAAAAAUCUGCAUGGUCAGGCAAAUAAUGGGGCUAACAAAAUUGCAACGGUUGCACCGGCAGGGGAAAGGAUGUCAGACUCACCUGGACCUCACAUAAGCACUUCAGACCAAGGACCUCAAACAAAUAAAAAUUUACACAUAGGUGACGCAAUCCAGAUGCAAAUCGAAGUGCAGAGACGGCUUCAUGAACAGCUUGAGGUACAACGACAUCUGCAGCUUCGUAUAGAAGCUCAAGGAAAAUAUUUACAAACAGUGCUAGAAAAAGCUCAAGAUACUCUUGGAAAACAGAACUUGGGCACAGUAGGACUAGAAGCUGCCAAGGUCCAACUAUCCGAACUAGUCUCAAACGUAUCCACCAAGUCCCUUGAUUCUGCAUUUUCAGGAAUGAUAGAAGUUCCUACUUUCUAUCCACAACAAAUACAAGCAAAGCAGCCUACAGAUUGUUCGAUACAAAGCUGCUUGACCUCAUAUGAAGUUUCCCAACAGGGCCAAGAGAUACAAAACAGAUGGAGCAAAGACAUUAAAGAGAACAGGAACUUCAUGUCUCCUAUAGUUCAGAAUACAGAUAAAGCAUACGAGAUGCAGCUUCAUGCCAGUGACUUGUCAAUGAGCGUCGGAGUUAAAGAAAAAAUGGAGGAAAGGGAUAUUGAUGCUAAUCUCUUUUAUGAGAGAACAAACCCAGUUAAGCAAGAGGACAGGAAAUCAAGACAAGGCUUUCAGAUAUCUAACUCAGCCCCACAGUUGGACCUGAAUAUCCAUGAUGAUAGCGAUGCCGCUUCAAAUUGCAAGCACUUCGACUUGAAUGGUUUCAGCUGGUCCUAAUUCCUAAAGGACUAGUCGUGUAAAAGCAAAUGGUUACUAAAGUAAAGAUAAGGAGGACUCUACUCCAUCAGAUCUUUGGUUUACAAACACGUAUACCGUAACAGUAACAUAUCCAACUGUAAUGUUGGUCUGUAACACUAAUGUAUGCAGUUGUGAUCGUAUUCAAGAAGUUCUGCAGUGAAGUUAAGACUGCGGCAAUAAAAUACACAUAACAAAGUCUCCGCGAAAUUUCUUAUGCUCUGAACCACAAAGUAGAAGCCAUUGAGCAAGGAAAAAACAGAAGUCACCUGAAAAUUCAGGGAGGGUUCGAUCACUCCUAGCCCCGAGCUCAUCAAAUAACCUGUAAAGCAGAAACAAACAACCUAUAGUACUAUCUGUAGAUAUAAUUUGGUCAUCCUUCUUUUAGUUUGAUCAUGUUUUCACAGGGCCUUGACCCCGUUAUCACUAUAUUUAUUGUUAAUGUCUUGAAUAUCAUGAUCCAAAAAAAUGAGUCUUGAUUAUCAUUUA